AAUUCCCAAUUGUAGAUGUAGAAUGUCUAACUCGUUUUUAUUGGUUGUAAUCUUGUUACUAAUAGUCAAAGUCCUUUUCGUAUGUUUGCAAUAUCAAAGAUGCUCUUCGAGCUCAUUGAAAAAAAAAAUAGUUUGCAUCAAUUAAAAUAUCAAAACUGAAUAACUAUUCGUACUGAAAUAACCAACAUAUCCACACAAUGGCAAAAGGGAAAAAGGGUGCUUCAAAUAGAGUAGCAGCUCAGCUUCUUGAAUCAUCAGUGGCUCCAAUAUUAGACAUCAAAUAUGAAGAUCCUUUGUUUACUAUGGCAUUACAUCCUUCCAAAUCAAUUUUGGUAACUGGAUUAGCCACGGGACAUAUCUUCUGUGAAACUUAUAAUUCAACAGCUUUACAAGAACUUCAACAACAAAAGAGAGAAGAAAUUGAAUCAAAUGGUUCUGCCACUUUCGCCACUAGCAAAGUUUAUAAAUAUACUAAAUCAAUCUCCCAACUGAAAAGUAAAUGGUGGCUUCAAAAAGAUAAUAGUGAAGAAGACCUUAGUGGUAAUGUGGUCAGAAAUUGGUCAACCAAGAGACAUAAGGGAUCAUGCAGACAUAUUAUCUUUGAACAAUUACAAAGCACUGUCGGAGAGUAUGUUUAUUCAAUAGGGACGGAUAAUGUCAUUAAGAAAGCACAAAUCAUUAAUGGUAAAGUAGUAGCUAAAGUAGAUACCACUCAAGAUUUCACAGAUCCUAAAGAUCAUAUUAAUAAACUUUGUCAUUCCACCACUCAUUCAUUCUUAUUAGCCGGUACUGAAACCGGUAAUGUUUUAAUAUACGAUACUAAAUCAAAUGGUUUAAAAAGAUCAGAUUAUAAAAUUUUCCAAGCUAAUGAUGAUCAAAUAAAUCAAAUCUUACCUAUGCCUGAUGUUUCAGCCUAUCAUUAUCUCACCAUUGGAUCAACUACAUUAAGUCAUAUUGAUAUCAGAAAGGGGAUAAUCACUCAAUCUGAAAAUCAAGAAGAUGAAUUAUUAUCAAUGUGUUACCCAUCAAACGAUACGAAGAAUGAUGAAGUAAUAGUAGGUCAUGGUGAAGGUAUUGUUACUAUUUGGAAGAAUUCUAAGAAUAGAUUCGCUGAUCAAUUAACUCGUAUUAAAAUAAACAAAGAAUGUUCUAUUGAAAGUAUGGUACCAACUUAUAAUCAAGAUGAUGAUGAGUUAGCUAAUUCUAUUUGGUGUGGUGAUUCUGAUGGAUUAUUACAUCGUAUUAAUUAUAAACAAGGAAAGAUAGGUGAAGUAAGAGUUCAUUCAGCUGGUAAUGGAUUAGGUGAUGAAGUCGAAGCUUUGGAUAUUGAUUUUGAAUAUAGAUUGGUUAGUGCUAGUAUGGGAAAUUUGAAGAUCUGGUCUAAUGAAGAUAUUGAAGCCGGCGAGGAAGAAGAAGAAGAAGAUGAUGAUGACGAAGACGAUGAUGAUAGUGAUGUGGGUGGUAAUGGUGACGAUGAUGAUGUUGAAGCUGGAUCAGAUAGUGAUAGCUUUGAUAGUGAUGAUGCUAGUGAUGUUUCUUUGGCCGAUGCUUACGAUGAUAAGUCAGAUGAAGAUGAUGAGGAUGAAGAAGGUGAUAAAGACGAGGACGAAGAAGAAGGGGAAGGAGAAGAAAACGACGACGAAGAGAAAGAAGAGGACGAAGAAGAAGAAGAAGAGAAACAAGAAAUAGCUGCCAUCGUAAGAAGGAAGAGAACUGAUAUAAGUCAAAUCUUAGCACCAUCCAAAAAGACAAAGAUAGUUGACUUGAACAAAAGUACUAAACCUGAUCCAAUAGAAGAUGAACCAGUAGAAGAUGAAGCAGAAGAAUCUAUUCCAAUAAGUAAUAAAAAAGCUAAAGCAGAGAAAGUUUCAGCUAAACAAUUGAAAAACAUGCAAAAGCAUGAACACGGUAUUAGAAAGUUUGAAGGUUUAUAGAUUAUAGAUUUUAAAAUAUACGCUCUAAACAUAAAUG